CUUCCAAAUUUGCUCGUAAUGACAGCAUUUUGAAAAUGUCGUAGUCCUCGAUGUCACCAAGGUAAAAAUGGUUGUGAAUUUCUUGUAGUUCACUGGCAUUCCUGCUUCCUAUUUCGAUGAGUUUUAGGGGGAUAAAUAGCUGGUGUUAAAAGGUGUCAUCAAGUGUCUGAAAUAGACACUCAAUGAUGGAAAACAACGAAAAUUUAUUCGCUUGUUCCAAUUGUCAUGGACGAUUUUCAUUCAAUGAAUUAAGCCGCAGUGAGCACCUUUGCAAGGAUUGUCGUCAUGCCAACCCUACGGCGAUUUGCACCUAUUGUCGACUAGAAUUUCACUUGACAAAGAAGGGAAAGGCUCCAGUAUGUCCUAGCUGUCAUAGCUUAUUGGCAAUUCAUGGAAAGCCGAAAGCUUGUCAAUAUUGUAAUAUAAGGGCAGCUUUCAGGGGAAACCUCUGCAACAGAUGUAAAAGUUCUGAGAAGAAAUAUGGGCCACCUGUGCAAUGUGAUCAGUGUAAACUAAAGUGUGCUUUUAAAAGACCAGAUGAAGCUUUGAAGAAGGUUGAUGGAAAGCUUUUGUGCCUUCAAUGUACAAUUGCUUACAGACGUGCACAACAUCGUUCAAAGAAGCUAAAUAAACGUAUGAGUACCACUGCCAAUGAUAAGAAUGGAGUAAAGGAUACGAAAAUUCGAAAGAAAAAUACAAAUGAACACGGUACACCAAUUGGCGACAAUCCUCUGAAGCAAUUUUAUACCUCACAGCCGAGUGAAACUCAAGCAGUCACAGAGAAAGGUGGAAGCGACCAUGUUACUGAAUUGACCAAACUUCGUGAAGAGUUGGCUGCAAUGAAACAGAAACUGCAACAAAAAGAAAAGAUGUUAAUUGAAAAGGAGAAGCAACUAACCGAACUGAAAGCCGAAAAAUGGUCCAUCGAUAAGGAACAUCGCCAAAAAUUGAAUAACGUUCAAAAAGAAAAUAUGGAAAGGUUAAAACUCCUUCAGGAAGAAAAUCUUAUGUUGAAGAAACAAAACUCCAAGCUGAAGAUGACAACAUGAGGUUCUUUUUAUGAUAUGCAUGAUAUUUUUAAGCAUACAUUAUAACAUACCCUAGAAAUAAUUAUUAUUACAUCGAGGAAAAUAAAUAAUACUCAGGAAUAUUUCAUCAAUUGAUUGGGAAAUCAUAUGCCUAGAUGCUAUAAGAGGAGUGUAUCAUCUUAUUUUAAAUGCAUGAAAAAGAUGAGCUCUACAAUUCUUGCAUAGAAUUAUGCAUUGUGCUAUACAUGAAAUAAUUUCUUCUAAGUUGAGUAGAAAUUUGAAGUAAUUCCCUCUCUGUCAGAUCACCUAGCUAGUCAUAUUUAAUUUAUUGUACAUUGCACUGGUUUCAAUUGAAUGUAAAAAUAUAUGAAUUUUUUUUGAUGAAAUUAAUGCCCAACAACCAAAAACAUUUUUAUGGGUGGCAUAUUAUUAAAACAAUGUAAUAUUACAUGUGACUCCCAUAUCCUA